CGGUUGAUUAAUUUGAGGAAUUCCUGAGAUGUCGGAAGUGUCAUGCCUGUCGGAUGUAUAUAAUUUUAAGGGCGCUCUCCAAUCGUUCUUUUCAUCCGUGGCCGCUAUCGACAGAGGAGCGUGGUAAUCGGCGACCCGACCAGACUUGAGAGAAAUGGCGUGUGCGAGACCCCUUAUAUCGGUAUACUCCGAGAAAGGAGAGGCCUCCGGCAAAAAUGUGGUUAUGCCAGCCGUGUUCAAGGCUCCAAUCCGCCCGGAUAUAGUGAACUUCGUCCACACCAACAUGCGCAAGAACAACCGUCAGCCCUAUGCCGUCAGCGAACUGGCUGGUCACCAGACCAGCGCUGAGUCCUGGGGUACCGGCAGGGCCGUGGCCCGAAUCCCCCGUGUCCGCGGGGGUGGCACGCACCGUUCCGGCCAGGGAGCCUUCGGAAACAUGUGCCGUGGAGGCCGCAUGUUCGCCCCCACCAAGACCUGGCGCCGCUGGCACCGCCGGAUCAACACCACCCAGAAGCGCUACGCCAUCUGCUCCGCCCUCGCUGCCUCCGCCCUGCCCGGACUCGUCAUGUCGAAAGGUCACCGCAUCGAGGAGAUCCCAGAGGUGCCCCUGGUAGUCGAUGACAAGGUAGAGGGAUACAAGAAGACCAAGGAAGCUGUGCUGUUAUUGAAGAAACUGAAAGCGUGGAAUGACAUCAAGAAGGUAUACGCGUCCCAGCGCAUGCGUGCGGGUAAAGGUAAAAUGCGCAAUCGCAGACGAAUCCAGAGAAAGGGGCCCUGCAUAAUAUACAACGAAGAUGGCGGUGUCACAAAGGCCUUCAGAAACAUCCCCGGUAUCACACUGCUGAACGUGAACAAGUUGAAUCUGUUGCGUCUCGCUCCCGGCGGCCAUGUUGGCCGAUUCUGCAUCUGGACAGAGAGCGCCUUCCGGAAACUCGACGAACUCUACGGCACAUGGCGAAAGCCUUCCUCCCUCAAGAAGGGCUACAAUCUGCCAAUGCACAAGAUGACCAACACAGACCUGAGCAGAAUCCUGAAGAGCCAGGAAAUCCAGAAGGCAUUGCGUGCUCCAAAUAAGAAGAUCAGCCGGCGGGUGCUGAAGAAGAACCCGCUGAAGAACCUCAGGGUGAUGAUGAAGCUCAACCCGUACGCCAAGACCGCUCGUCGCCACGCCAUUCUGCUGCACGACCCUGCAAUCAGAGCGAAGCAGCUGAAGCCCAAGAAGAAGGCCAAGAAGACUCCAAAGCCAGCGGCUCCCAAGCCCGAGGCUGCGAAGCCAGAGGCAGCAAAGACGCCAGCAACCGAGUAAAGCCCUUAUCACACGGUCUGAGUUCACCAAUCAGCAUUGAAAUAAAGUUCUUGAAAUCGUCCAGUGGGGGGGGUCUUUCUUGUAGCUUCAGUUGGCGCUAGUUACCCAGCAAGUUUCUUUCUUUUGUAAUCACUUAGUAUGCUGCUGCAUUUGCACUAGAAUCCUGAUUUCAGAAAAAAAUACAUGCUGAGCUUUGACAUUAUGAAGUGACAGUUAAGAAAAAAAUGCAAUCAAUACAGUUCAAUACGUCCAUUUAUUACACCUCAAAUGUUUAAAAAAACAAAACAAAAACAUCUGCAUGAUACCUUUACCUCAAUGUCAGAAAUUAGUCAAUGUAGAACGAAAGGCACAAUAGGCAGUUUGUCAAAUCAGUCCAUGUUGGGAGUCGGAGGUAGCAUUUUGGGGCGGGCUGGGGCGGGGAGAGUCAGGGUGUGUUGCACUUUGUGUUUGGGGGGUUAUGGUGAGUGGGAGAAACUGCAUGCCGUACAGCAGAAGUGAUGUGCUAGCGCAGGGUUUCUCAACCUUUUGCACUAUGAAAGCCCACUAAGUUUGUUAGAAUGGUCGUGGCCUACUCGGCUAUGCAGCUCUUUAAAAUAAUUUAAGAAAAGGCCACAGAUUAACAGGGUGUUUUUGAAAUGUUUUGUUGACCAAUUUAAUAUAUUAUGUGAUCUGCACUAUCAUAUUGUUUUUUUCUCAGUAAUGUAAAAAAAUGAAAUGCUUAGCUAUGCUUCAGUGAGCCUGGGGAACUUAAUUUCUCAUGCUGACAAAUCCAGGCCACUACUUGUGUGUGUGUUUAAUUGAGCUUUAUCAUUGUCCCAAAAAAAACACAGUGGAGUUCAUGUUCCCAUGUGUGACACCUUGUGUAAUUUCAUGUUGGGUCAAACAAUAAAAAACACGGAGUGUGUAAA